AUGGAGGAAGAGGAGGAGGGUGGUAAGAGUGGUCACCAGGAGGACCCCCCUGCCCUCUCCAAGAAGCCGGUGGUCGCUCAGCCCACAGCCAACGGUGAAGGGGCCCACGCUGACCUCCGUCCUUUGACCCCUUUUCGCUCCCCAGAAGGAUCUGCCCCUGCCUCGGAAAAGCAGCAGCGGCUGCAGCCUCCGCCCCGCGCGCUCGCUCCCCGCGCUGCUGCUGCUGCCGCCGCCGCCGCCGGCGCACGCACCUGCCACCAUGUCUCCGCCGCUGGUUGCCGCACCAGUAACCGGAAAAGCCUCAUCCUGACCAGCACGUCACCCACGCUGCCGCGACCCCACUCCCCACUGCCGGGACACUUGGGCAGCAGUCCUCUGGACAGCCCACGCAACUUCUCCCCCAACACCCCCUCCCACUUCUCCUUUGCGUCCUCGCGAAGGGCGGACGGACGCCGUUGGUCUCUGGCCUCCCUCCCUUCCUCUGGCUAUGGCACCAACACGCCCAGCUCCACAGUCUCGUCCUCCUGCUCCUCCCAGGAGCGCCUGCAUCAGCUGCCGUACCAGCCCACGGUGGACGAGCUACAUUUCCUCUCGAAGCACUUCGGCAGCACGGAGAGCGUCACGGACGAGGAUGGCGGCCGCCGUUCCCCGGCGGUGCGGCCGCGCUCCCGGAGCCUCAGCCCCGGGCGCUCGCCCUCCUCCUAUGACAACGAGAUCGUCAUGAUGAACCAUGUCUACAAGGAGAGAUUCCCCAAGGCCACGGCGCAGAUGGAGGAGAAGCUGCGCGACUUCGCCCGCGCCUACGAACCCGACAGCGUGCUGCCGCUGGCGGACGGUGUACUCAGCUUUAUUCAUCAUCAGAUCAUUGAGCUGGCCCGAGACUGCCUGGCCAAGUCUCGCGAGGGUCUCAUCACCACCGUCUACUUCUACGAGCUGCAGGAGAACCUGGAAAAGCUGUUGCAAGACGCCUACGAGCGCUCCGAAAGCUUGGAGGUGGCCUUUGUCACGCAGUUGGUGAAGAAAUUACUCAUCAUCAUCUCGCGGCCUGCCCGGCUGCUGGAGUGCCUGGAGUUCAACCCCGAGGAAUUCUACCAUCUGCUGGAGGCAGCCGAGGGCCACGCCAAAGAGGGCCACCUGCUCAAGACCGACAUUCCGCGCUACAUCAUCCGCCAGCUCGGCCUCACGCGGGACCCCUUUCCAGACGUGGCGGCGCAUCUGGAGGAGCAGGACAGUGGAGGCUCCAACACCCCAGAGCCCGACGACCUCUCGGAGGGUCAGAGUGGUACCUCCAAGGCCAAGAAGCCCCCCGGGGAGAAUGACUUCGACACCAUCAAGCUGAUCAGCAAUGGCGCCUACGGCGCCGUGUACCUGGUGCGGCACCGGGAGACCCGGCAGCGCUUCGCCAUGAAGAAGAUCAACAAGCAGAACCUGAUCCUGCGGAACCAGAUCCAGCAGGCCUUCGUGGAGCGCGACAUCCUGACCUUCGCCGAGAACCCCUUCGUGGUCGGCAUGUUCUGCUCCUUCGAGACGCGCCGCCACCUCUGCAUGGUCAUGGAGUACGUGGAAGGCGGUGACUGUGCCACCCUGCUGAAGAACAUCGGGGCCCUGCCCGUGGAGAUGGCCCGCAUGUAUUUUGCAGAGACCGUCCUGGCCUUGGAAUACCUACACAACUAUGGCAUCGUGCACCGUGACCUCAAGCCGGACAAUCUCCUCAUCACCUCCAUGGGCCACAUCAAGCUCACGGAUUUCGGGCUGUCCAAAAUGGGCCUCAUGAGCCUCACCACCAACCUGUACGAAGGCCACAUCGAAAAGGACGCCCGCGAGUUCCUGGACAAACAGGUGUGUGGCACCCCUGAGUACAUCGCGCCAGAGGUGAUCCUGCGCCAGGGCUACGGCAAGCCGGUGGACUGGUGGGCCAUGGGCAUCAUCCUCUACGAGUUCCUGGUGGGCUGCGUGCCCUUCUUUGGAGACACGCCUGAGGAGCUGUUUGGCCAGGUCAUCAGCGAUGAUAUCCUGUGGCCAGAAGGGGACGAGGCCCUGCCCGCGGACGCCCAGCUCCUCAUUUCCAACCUGCUGCAAACUAACCCCCUGAUCAGGCUGGGGGCAGGCGGCGCUUUUGAAGUGAAGCAGCACAGCUUCUUCCGGGACCUUGACUGGACCGGGCUGCUGCGGCAGAAGGCGGAGUUCAUCCCGCACCUCGAGUCGGAAGAUGACACCAGUUACUUUGACACUCGUUCGGACAGGUACCACCACGUGAACUCCUACGACGAAGAUGACACAACAGAGGAGGAGCCCGUGGAGAUCCGCCAGUUUUCCUCCUGCUCCCCUCGCUUCAGCAAGGUGUACAGCAGUAUGGAACAGCUAUCACAGCACGAGCCCAAGACCCCUGUGGCAGCCACAGGGGGCGGCAAGCGGGAGGGACUGGGAGGCUUGACCCUGCGUGAGAAGACGUGGAGAGGAGGCUCCCCAGAGAUCAAACGCUUCUCAGCAUCUGAGGCCAGCUUCCUGGAGGGCGAGGCCAGCCCCCCUCUGGGAGCCCGCCGCCGCUUCUCAGCCCUGCUGGAGCCCAGCCGCAUCAGUGCCCCCCAAGAGGACGACGAUGAGGCCCGGCUGCGCAGACCUCCCCGGCCCAGCUCUGACCCGCCCGGCUCUGGCUCGCUGGACACGAGGGCCUCCAAAGAGGGACUCCCGUUAGAAGGUCCUCCCAGCUCUGGGAACUCCGAGGCUGCUGAUGGCCCCCGCCCCGGUGAGCUCUGUCCACCCUCAAAGGAUGGGGACCCUACAGGAGGCCCUCGGGCCACCAAUGACCUGGUGCUGCGCCGGGCGCGGCACCAGCAGCUGUCGGGCGACCCUGCGGCGGAGAAGCGGCCGGCGCGAACCGGAGGCAAAGUCAUCAAGUCGGCCUCAGCCACCGCUUUGUCCGUCAUGAUCCCUGCAGUGGACCCCCAUGGAGGCUCCCCACUCGCUAGCCCCAUGUCGCCGCGCUCUCUCUCCUCCAACCCGUCUUCGCGAGACUCCUCCCCGAGCCGGGACUACUCUCCGGCAGUCAGCGGGCUGCGCUCCCCCAUCACCAUCCAACGCUCGGGCAAAAAGUAUGGCUUCACGCUGCGCGCCAUCCGUGUCUACAUGGGAGAUUCGGAUGUCUACAGUGUCCACCACAUUGUCUGGCACGUGGAGGAAGGGGGUCCGGCCCAGGAGGCAGGGCUGUGUGCCGGAGAUCUCAUCACCCACGUCAACGGCGAGCCCGUGCAUGGCAUGGUGCAUCCUGAAGUCGUGGAACUGAUACUUAAGAGCGGCAAUAAAGUGGCAGUGACGACCACACCCUUUGAGAAUACCUCCAUCCGCAUUGGCCCUGCCAGGCGCAGCAGCUACAAGGCUAAAAUGGCCCGGAGGAACAAGCGCCCUGCUAAGGAGGGCCAGGAGAGCAAGAAGCGCAGCUCUCUCUUCCGGAAGAUCACAAAGCAGUCGAACCUCCUGCACACGAGCCGCUCGCUCUCGUCGCUGAACCGCUCGCUGUCAUCCAGCGAUAGCCUCCCUGGCUCGCCCACGCACGGGCUGCCGGCGCGCUCGCCCACGCAUAGCUACCGCUCCACGCCCGACUCCGCCUACCUAGGCGCUUCUUCGCAGAGCAGCUCGCCCGCCUCCAGCACCCCCAACUCACCCGCGUCUUCGGCCUCGCACCACAUCAGGCCCAGCACGCUACAUGGCCUGUCGCCCAAGCUGCACCGCCAGUACCGCUCAGCGCGGUGCAAAUCGGCCGGCAACAUCCCGCUGUCCCCCCUGGCGCACACGCCGUCCCCUACGCAGGCGUCGCCGCCGCCGCUACCCGGCCACACGGUGGGCAGCUCGCACACCACGCAGAGUUUCCCGGCUAAACUGCACUCCUCGCCGCCCGUCGUGCGCCCACGUCCCAAGAGCGCGGAGCCUCCACGCUCGCCGCUGCUCAAGCGUGUGCAGUCGGCCGAGAAGCUGGGUGCCUCCCUGGGUGCCGACAAGAAGGGGGCCCUGCGCAAACACAGCCUCGAGGUGGGCCACCCGGAUUUCCGCAAGGAUUUCCACGGUGACCUGGCACUGCACAGCCUGGCAGAGUCCGACGGCGAGACGCCUCCCAUCGAAGGCCCAGGGCAGGUGGCGGUCCGCCGCCUGGGCCGUCAGGAAUCGCCCCUGAGCCUGGGCACGGACCCGAUGCUGCUGCCCGAGGGCACACCUCGGCCACCUGCCACCACAAGCAAGGAGAAGGAGUCCCCGGGCGGCACGGAGGCCUGCACCCCUCCAUCCCGCGCGACCACCCCCGGGGGCAGGACUCUGGAGCGGGAUGUUGGCAGCUGCACGCGGCACCAGAGCGUGCAGACGGAAGACGGCGCAGUGGCUGCUGGGGGACCCUGGGCUGUGGCCAAGGCCGCUCUGAGCCCCGUGCAGGAGCACGAGACCGGCAGGCGCAGCAGCUCCGGGGAAGCGGGCACGCCCCCGGUGUCUAUUGUAGUGGAGCCCGCGCGACCCGGAGCCAAGACCCCGGCGCCCCAGCUGGGCAUCAUGGACUCCAAGGGUGGGCAGGGCCCUGCGCCCCCAGCCGCUCCUGCGCCCGAGGCCCUCCGAGGCCGGGAGCGCUGGGUGCUGGAAGUGGUGGAGGAGCGAACCACGCUGAGCGGCUCCCGCUCCAAGCCAGUCUCCCCCAAGCCCGCUCCGGACCCCCAGACCUCCUCCCCUGCCCCAAGCAAAAGUGCACUUGGUUGUAGUGCAGGGCCUCCGGCCACAUCCGCUUCCCUCCUGGUCCCAGGUGCCAAGAGCGAAGUGGGGCUGACCUCACAGGGCCCCACCAAAGCUGUGGCCCCUGCAGGUCCGGCCAAAAAAGGGGCGUCCAGCCCCACUUCCCCAGGCCCGUAA